CUUUCUCUCAUCCUCUCUCAGUGACCUGAAGCAGGAGCUGGACAAGGAGGACAGUCGCUGCUCCCUGCUCUCCCGGCAACAUCGCUACAUCUGCUGCUGCUCUUCCUUCACCUUCCUGGUCAACUCCAUGUGCCAGUGUCUGGACUGCCAGUACAACGUCUGUAAGACCUGCCACUUCUACAGCAAGAAAGACAAAGCCUGGGUCUGUUCCGCGUGCCAGAAGGGCAGAGUACAGCAAAGACCCUCACAGUGGCACUGAGGGUGGCAGAGGAGGCCAUCGACGAGGCCAUCUACAAGGCAGAGGGAUACACCGACAAUCGGAUCAUCCGGCGGAGGAAGAACCUGGUUGAGAUGAAGCCAAACUGUGACCUGGACUGGCCCCCAGGCAACCAGAGUGGUGAAAAGCCUGUGGAUUCAAGCUGCCCCAGCUCUCAGCCCCAGAUCACCACAUCAGUCCACGCCAAGUGCUUCGGGGUUUCCCAGGACUCUCAGCAGGGGCUGAAGGAGGAGGGAGGAGCGGCAGGGUUGGCCAGCUGGAAGAGUAUUGACCGCCUGGACAACUCCAUGCUGAAGAGCCCUGACGGGAACUGGAUCGCCUUGCAGAGCACCCAGCUCUCUCGGCCCAGCCUGCUGACCAAGUGGAAGUCGCUGGUAUUCAGUGUCCUGGAGUGGGAAUUCGGUGUGAUAUCCGCCUGCAACGAAAUGGGCUCUUACAACGCCGAGGGGGCCUGGGAUGCUGCCCUGCUGGAGAUACGCAGGAAGAUGACCUCCAGCGCCAACAACAACCAGGGGUCAGAGGCUCCAGACGCCCAGGCCUCUGCUGGCCAGCAACCCAGCAUCCCAUUACCCUCGCUGGGCCACCACGCCAGCACGAACACCCUCAACUUUGAGUCUGAGAGGUACUCGGAGGUGUCACUGCACAGUAUCACCACUGAGGUGCUGAAGGUGUUAAACGCAACAGAAGACCGACUCCAGGGGGUGGAGAGGGAUGACUGCAUCCCCUCACUGUCCCCCAACACUGACACAAAGAGGCUGGACAAACAACUCAGCAGACUGGAGGAUAAUGUGUACGUGGUGGCGGGCACAGCUUACGGUUUGGAGGCGGAGCUUGGCGACCUGGAGGACUGUGCCCGGGCCAUCGGCGGUGCCACCUCAGACCUGGAGCUGUCCUACCUGGAGGAGCAGGUGGCAACGGCUUCCGCCCAGGUGCAGCAGUCUGACCUCCAGGUGUCGGAAAUCGCAGACAGGAUCGCAGCUCUGAAGAUCGCAGGUCUCAAUGUGGUCCCACAGAACCGCUUCUUUAAGCUCCAAGAACAGCCUAAGCCACAAACAUUGGACUCUUCACGGCAAACGAGGAGGCGGCUACCUGCUCCACCCUUGAAGGAUAAAGAAACCUAACUGACUGGGCAUGUUGACCACUGCCAUGACCCCUUGACUCCCCCCACACCAGUGCCUUGAGCCCCUUGUCCACGGUAUCAUCAGUGUCCAGUAAGAGGGUUGCUACCCUGCCACCAAGACACUACAGAGUACAGACUAACAGUUUUACCACUACUUCUGGCACUGUGGAUAAAGACGAGUUGUACAUUUCUUAAUAAUGAGAUAUAGUAGCUACAUACUUUAUGUAAAUUUGAUGUAAAAACAAAGAAUGGAUUAAGUUAAGAAACAAAGCAGUUUUGAUAGAAUCUUUUUCUUAAAUAUGCUGUUGAGUGAAAUGUCAAUCAUCUCUUUGUUAUUGGACCUUCCAACCAAUCGGUGACCAGAGCCAUGUUUAUAUAGCUGAAUGAGAAUGUUGUUAUGACGAUGGAGAUGUAACUCUAACAGAUGUGUGGCCAUUGUCUGAAAGGCAAGAUAUGAUUUAUACUACUGCUUGUUUUAACAUGUUUUUAACAGUUAACCUAUUUGAUAAAUAUUUAUAAAAGACACUGGUCUAUCAUUGGUGUGGGAACAAUCAUUACAUAAAAUAGACAGUUAUUGAAGUGCGUGCAAAAUAACAUUCCUAAUUUCAAUAAAACAAUCAGCAGUGAUUUCUUAUACUGUAUUAAUUAUCUGUUGAAUAUUGGUCAUACAGAAUAUUAAACUUUCAGGUAGACAGAAAGUCUCAUAUGGUUGUUAGUUCUUUGGAACCUUGUGCAUCUGAUGUAUGAAUUUACAUUGUAAAUUAUAUACAAUAAAAUAAUAAUGGUAUUA